GGAAGAUGGUGGCCAUGAAGACCUUCUCUCUGCUGCUAGUGUCCCUGCUCCUGGCACUGGUGCUAGGAGAGAAGGAAGAAAGUCACUCCAGGUUCCACACUAAGGCCAGCGGCUCCCAACCACGAGGCCCCAGGUACGCCGAAGGCACUUUCAUCAGUGACUAUAGCAUCGCCAUGGACAAGAUCCGCCAACAGGAUUUUGUGAACUGGCUGUUGGCGCAGAAGGGAAAGAAGAGCGACUGGAAACACAACAUCACCCAGAGGGAGGCCCGGGCCCUACAGCUGGCCCAUCAAUCUAACAGGAAGGAGGAGGCAAGGGCGCAGCAGGGCUCCCUACCCAAGAACCCCAGUGAUGACGGUUUGCUAAAGGAUUUACUGAUUCGAGAGCUGCUGUCCUGGAUAGUGGAUCAGAUGGAGCUCUGCAGGCUCAGGUUUCAGUGACUCUGACCAAACCCAGCUCAGAACUGGACUCUGUCCUUCACUCACUCAGCUCCUGCCUCAGCUCCACCCCAGGAUACCCCAAAGAA